AUGACGGAGGCGACGCGGUCGGCGGCGCUACUGCGCGUGCACUCCGGCGUGCGGCGCGCCGUGCGCCGCGCCGCGCGCCACCUGCGCGACUGCGGUGCCACGCUAAGCGAGGAGAAAUUUACAGAAUUUGAGGAUUCAGUGGAGAUGUCAGUGUCGGUGUUCUUCUCCAUGAAAGACAUUCCUAACAUGCUUCAAGAUCCAGCUAAUCCAAAACACGAGCGCAGCCUGGCGUUGGAGCUGGCGAAGCUGUGCGCGGGCUGCGGCACGCGCUCGUUGCAGGCGCUGGGCUUCGCGCUGCUGCGCCGCCACCGCCUCGGGCUGUCGCGCGCCGCGCUGCCGCGCCACGCCGCGCGCGCCGCCGCGCUCGCCGCCAAACUGAGCACCCGGCUGGCGCGCGGCGUGCUUAUAUACCCGGCGCACUGCUCGCUGGCGCACGCGCACGGCGCGGUGUUCGCGCGCGCGUCAGGCGUGGCCUACUCCAUGCUGUUCAACGUGCUGGGGCUGCCGGCCACCGUGGUGCCCGCCGGCAUGCACGACGGCCUACCGCUCGCGUUACAGAUCAUCUCAGCACCAAAUCAAGACAGAUUAUGUCUCGCCGUAGCGCAGGAACUGGAGAAGUGUUUCGGAGGCUGGCAUCCUGCA